AAGAAAAACAUUCCAAUCGAGGCGUGAUAUUUCCGGGUCCUAUGACUUAUCAGGUGGUUGUCCGGUGGGAGGAGAAGUGUAUGCUUUCUCUUCGAAUAAUUUGCUUUACACGAAAGGUGUAGCUUUCUUACCCAAAUUUAAGAACACUUCUCCAAACUGCCCGAGGGAGAAGAGGGGAAGUGGUUGCUCGAGAGUUGCCAAAACUUUCCUUUCUCAUAACUGACAUUUGGAGUGUGGCACUAACUGGCAGCAUGGCAGGCGUGUCCGUGUCGGAGUGUAAGGAGUACUUGUUUAAAGUUUUGGUGAUCGGGGAAUUGGGUGUCGGAAAGACGAGCAUCAUCAAGCGAUACGUGCAUCAGCUUUUCUCGCAACACUACAGAGCGACUAUAGGCGUGGAUUUUGCGCUCAAAGUCAUCAACUGGGACAGCACAACACUAGUGAGGUUACAGCUGUGGGACAUCGCAGGUCAAGAACGGUUUGGGAAUAUGACCAGAGUUUACUAUAAGGAGGCAGUGGGUGCAUUUGUUGUUUUUGACAUUACUCGAGGCUCUACGUUUGAGGCUGUAUCAAAGUGGAAGCAUGAUCUGGACAGCAAAGUGAAACUGGCCAAUGGUAAUCCUAUCCCUUCUGUACUUCUGGCCAAUAAAUGUGACCAGAAGAAUGAUGGAUCCAACAAUUCUUCCCUUAUGGACAACUUCUGCAAGGAGGCUGGAUUUUUGGGCUGGUUUGAAACAUCAGCUAAGGAGAACAUAAACGUCGAUGAGGCUGCUCGAUUCUUGGUGGAGAACAUCCUUCUGAAUGAUAAAGGCCUUCCAUAUGAGGAAAACAAUGGUGACAGAAUUAAACUGGACCAACAAACAGUGCCUGCUGAGAGCAAGUCAGGCUGCUGUUAGCAUGGAUGCACUUGUCUGUCCCAUCAACCUACGUGAAUAGGAGCCCAGGGACCAAGCUCAACAAAUCCCCCCAACCCGCAACACCACCCCACCCUGCAUCUUAAUCUAAAACCCACAAGAGAAAAAUGCUGCCACAGACACAUACAUAGGAGGAGGCAGACUUGUCAGUUUGUGCUCCAAAAGGGGAGAAGACGUCACUGCCAAAGGACAAAUGAUUAGAAGAAAACGUCUCAUAAAGAGAAAAAUUACCAAUAGUCUCGUAAUGAGCUGUAUGUAGCAAGGUGUUUUCAGUGUUGUAAUAAUGUUGUAAUAUUGCUCAUAUAUUAAUCAUAAUUAAAUUAAACUAAUGUCUUCAUCACAGAAGGUGAGCCAGUUUAAUGUUCUCUGGACUAAGAAAUUUGCUUCUGUUUCUGGGAAUAUCCACUCUGCAUUUUGCAGGACAAAUGUUCUUGUAAUGUCACUAUAGCAAAAUAGGGUUUAGGUUAGGGUGCAUAUUACCAGGGUAUUUAGUAAUUGUAUGCUAGGAAGGAAGAUCCC